GGAGCGCGCCGGCGCCUCCGGGGGCCUCCCCCUCGGAGCCGCAGGGGGCGAGCUGGGCAGCGGCGAGGCAUGGACCCCCCGCCGUGCGACGGAGCGGUCUCGCCUUCGCAGGAGCCUCCAGCUCGCCGAUGCGACGCCGCCCGAACUUGCGCCUGUCCCUGGAUAUCCCCACGAGGAUAUCUUCGUUCAAGGGCGCCGACAGAGCGUCCAAGGCCGUCAGCUUCCUCAGGACUGAUACCAGAACUCCAGGAACUCGGUGGGCUCCGACGACGGCCCGCUGGCGGAGCUGCCGAGGCUGCCGCCCCGCGCGCGCGCGCCCUCGUGACCCGAGGCGAAGACGAAGGACUCCGCCAUCAGUGCGCUCACGACGACCAGCACCCUCUCCUCGACGAGCGUGGGCCUCCCCGAGGAUCAGGCCAUGCGAGCCAUCCAGGCGCGCUACGGGCGGCGCCUGAGCAUCGGCGCCAGCGAGGACGGGGCCCGAUGGCCUCCCUGGACUUCGUGCCGUGGGCUGACGCGGUCACGCAGCGGUCGUCGAGGAGGGAGGCAAUGCUCUUCUCCGAGGAGGACAGCACACAGGGGGACGCCGCUACCAACGUCGUCACCUUCUUCGAUUGGGAUUGACGACACGCUGCUUCCCACCACCGCGGUGGCCUCCGACAGGGGCUGGGAGGGGCAGCCCCAGGACGAGGACCGAGGUCGAGGCGCUGACCGCCCACGCCAGGGUGGUGCACGAGUGUUUGCGCAGGGCGAGAGCUGCGGGCAGCGUCGCCAUCAUCACGCUGGGCAAGCGCCCCUGGGUUCAGGUCACGUGCGAGAGAUAUCUCCUCGGCGUGGAUUGGAAGAGUGUGGCCCCAGGAGCUCGGCAUCGUCGUGAUCUAUGCCCAGGAGGACCCCCGCGUUGACCAAGAAGAAGCGUAUGAACGCCAUGCUGGAGGGUGGCGUAAACGUUUGGGUGGCCUCCAAGUCAGAGGCCAUGGCCAAGGCCCUCAGGAGAUUCCACAUCGGCGACGGCGACCCCCUCAACGUGGUCGGCAUCGGCGACUCGCUGAUCGAGGCCGAGGCCGCGCAGGAGAUCGUCUGGAGGAGCGCCCCUGGAGGGGGGGCCGCUCCUGCUGCGUCAAGACGCUGCAGCUGCGGGACGAGCCCGCCACCGUGGAGGCGCUCACGGAGCAGCUGCAGGAAGGGGGACUUGCUGCCGUGGUGCAGCAGCCUCUACCUGCACAGCUCCGACCUGCGGCUCUCGGUCGAUGACCUCUCCAGGGGGCCCGCCGGAGCCAUGGGCGCGGCCAGGAGCAGCCUCUUCGCGUGCGCGUGCGGCCCCUCGGGCGGGGCCGCGGGGGGCGGCCCGCUGUGGUGCGCGUGCUGCGGCGGGGUGCUCGGCGGCGACCGGGGGGGCGCCCAAGCGUCGGAGCCGAGGGCUGCCGGUGACCAUGGGCUGCUGAACGGCGUGCUCGAGAAGAUGUGGCCGGUCUUCUCCAAGAUGGUGUCCAACCUGCUCUUCGACGAGGUGGAGCCGAAGCUGCAGAGGGCGGUCGGGCACAGCGUGGCGUUCGACAGGAGCAGCGGCCUCGGGGCGGUGCCCCUGCAGUUCGGUUCCCAGGAGGUGGCCAGACAGAGGACUUGA